UCGCUGUAUUAAUCACGCUUACCGUACUGUGAAGACUGCUCCACAGCGGUAACAGAGUUACAAGCAGUUCACAGUAUCUGUUGUUCAAUGAAGGUAAUACGUAGUGCAUGUAUCCAAAGAAGAUGAUGCGACUGGAGAUCAUGCUCUGUCUGCAGUUGCUCUCCGCGUUGACGACUGGAAGCAAAUCCACAUUCGAGCUCCUGGCACGACGUAAACACGACUUCUCCAUGUACCUGUUCAAGAAAGCGGAAAUGAUGUCUACACGAGUAGAUGCAUGUGCUGUCAACUGUGCACGAAACCCAAGAUGUUCUGUCUUCAAGUGCGACAUGCUAGCAUCCUUGUGUACUACCUUUGCGCCAGACAGGUUUCGUCAGGCUAGCACCGGAGACCUGGAAGCCCAAUUAGGCUACUACGCCUACACAGACAGAGAAAUAUACGUUUUCAACUUGGCGGUGUCAGCCAUGAUCAAUCUCAUAAAGGGGAUUUACUCCAAUGACUUAAACUAA